AUGGGGGAAGACAGAGAAUACCAAGGAUAUAAUCCGAAGCGGAGGCGAGUUGACUCCUCGCGACCGCAGCCCAAGUUCCAGAAUGGCUGGCGAGCUUCGACACCCCGUGGCCAGUCGCAAUAUCCCGGGACACCACCACCUCGAGACCAGGAUGUUCUGGGACCGACCGAUGAGGACGCGAAAGCCUUGGAUCGCGACUGGUACGGCGCAGAUGAGUUUGGCGGCCAUGUGUUUGGCGACGAUACACAUAACCCCUUUGCAUCCUAUGAAAUGUCAGCAUGGGAGAAUCAGCAAGUCGAGUCGGCAAAGGCGGAGAAGAUGGCAAGCCGUUAUGACGCGCGAAGACAAGAAAGGCAAAGGGAAAAUGACGCUUGGGAGACCAACCGAAUGCUUGUUUCGGGUGUCGCCCAGCGCAGGGAUAUGGCCAGUGAUUUCGACGAUCAGGAGGCUACCCGUGUCCAUCUGCUCACGCACGACUUGCGACCACCCUUCCUUGAUGGACGGACAAUCUUCACCAAGCAGGUCGAACCGAUUCCGGCCGUCAGGGAUUACCAGAGCGAUAUGGCGAUCUUCAGCAGGAAGGGAAGCAAGGUAGUCAAGGAAGCACGUCAACAACGAGAGAGGCAGAGACAGGCCCAGGAGGCUACAAGUAUGGCUGGUACCGUGCUUGGCAAUAUCCUAGGGGCCAAGGAGGAAGAUGGAGACAGCGCUCUCCCCAUCGCUGGCGAGGAAGAUACGGUCAAGGAAGAUCGAAAAGGCAACAAGUUCAGUGAACACAUGAAGAAAGGGGAGGGUGCGAGCAACUUCAGCCAGAGCAAGACGCUACGAGAGCAGCGUGAAUACCUUCCCGCAUUUGCUGUUCGCGAGGAUUUGCUGCGUGUUAUCCGGGAAAACCAAGUCACCAUCGUUAUUGGCGAGACGGGUUCUGGCAAAACAACACAGCUGACGCAGUUUUUGAUGGAGGAUGGGUAUGGGAAGACGGGCAUGAUUGGUUGUACGCAACCUCGUCGAGUGGCAGCAAUGAGUGUCGCCAAGCGUGUCGCAGAAGAGAUGGAGGUUCCCCUGGGAAGCACGGUAGGCUAUGCAAUCCGAUUCGAAGAUUGUACUAGCAAGGAGACCGUGGUGAAGUACAUGACAGACGGUGUGCUGCUGAGAGAAUCUCUCAAUGAACCUGACUUGGACAAAUAUUCAUGUAUCAUCAUGGAUGAGGCUCACGAACGUGCGCUGAACACUGAUAUCUUGAUGGGGCUGUUCAAGAAAAUCCUCCAGCGGAGACGCGAUAUCAAACUCAUUGUGACAUCCGCAACUAUGAAUGCGAAGCGCUUCUCCGAAUUUUUCGGAGGGGCACCGGAGUUCACUAUUCCAGGCCGAACAUUUCCUGUCGAUGUCAUGUUCCAUCGCUCGCCUGUGGAAGAUUACGUCGACCAAGCCGUUCAGCAAGUUCUUGCUAUCCACGUAUCUAUGGAUCAAGGUGAUAUCCUCGUCUUCAUGACCGGCCAGGAAGAUAUCGAAAUCACUUGUGAGCUCGUGCAGAAGAGGCUCGAUGCGCUCAAUGACCCGCCAAAAUUGAGCAUUCUGCCAAUCUACAGUCAAAUGCCAGCAGAUUUGCAGGCCAAGAUUUUCGACAGAGCCGCGCCAGGAGUUCGCAAGUGCAUCGUCGCCACAAAUAUUGCUGAGACAAGUUUAACAGUCGAUGGAAUCAAGUAUGUCGUUGAUGCUGGGUAUUCUAAAAUGAAGGUCUACAACCCCAAAAUGGGCAUGGACACUCUUCAGAUUACCCCCAUUUCGCAAGCCAACGCAUCGCAGCGAUCUGGUCGUGCAGGAAGAACGGGGCCUGGUAAGGCCUUCAGACUUUUUACCGAGAAGGCCUUCAAGGAGGAGUUGUAUUUGCAGACAAUUCCCGAAAUUCAGCGGACCAACCUCGCCAACACCGUCCUCAUGCUCAAAUCUCUAGGCGUGAAGGAUCUGCUAGACUUUGAUUUCAUGGACCCUCCCCCCCAAGACACUAUCCUAACUUCUAUGUUUGACCUCUGGGCUCUCGGGGCGCUUGACAAUCUGGGAGGGCUAACACCUCUGGGGCACAAAAUGAGUGCUUUCCCAAUGGACCCUUCGCUUUCAAAGCUUUUGAUCACCGCGGAAGAGUACGGGUGCAGCGAGGAGAUGAUCACCAUUGUCUCCAUGCUUUCUGUUCCCAAUGUGUUCUACAGACCCAAGGAAAGACAGGACGAGGCAGACGCCCAGAGGGAAAAGUUCUGGGUCCACGAGUCAGACCACCUGACGUAUCUUCAAGUUUACUCGGCUUGGAAGUCCAACGGGUACUCCGAUGGCUGGUGUGUCCGGCACUUCCUCCAUCCAAAGUCCCUCAGAAGAGCGAAGGAGAUAAGGGAGCAGCUCAUGGAUAUCGUGAAGAUGCAAAAAAUGCAGCUCAUCAGCUGUGGCAUGGACUGGGAUCUGAUCCGAAAGUGCAUCUGCUCUGGAUACUACCACCAGGCAGCCAAGUACAAGGGAUCUGGAGAGUACAUCAACCUGCGCACCAACCUCGGAGUCCAGCUCCAUCCGACCAGUGCCCUGUACGCUGGUCACCCUCCUGAUUACAUCGUCUACCACGAGCUUAUCCUCACCUCCAAAGUAUACGUCUCAACCGUCACAGCGGUUGAUCCGCACUGGCUUGCAGACCUAGGAGGAGUAUUCUACUCGAUCAAAGAAAAGGGAUUCUCGUCUCGAGACAAACGUAUCACGGAGACGGAAUUCAAUCGGAAGAUGGAGAUCGAAGCCAAGAUGGAGGAAGACAGACAACGAGAGGAAGAUCGGAAACAAGCCGAAGUUGAGAAAACGACCAAGAAGAAAGCGACAAUAAAUGGCAAGAAGUUCGUCACGCAGGGCGCCGUGAAGAAGCCUGUUAUCAAGCGACGGGGCCGAGGAUUCUAA